CCUCCCUGCCCGCAGACCCCCACAACUACAGCCCAGAGUUGUGGGGAAGAGGCCCUUGUCCCCAUCAACAUAGGGACAAGGUGCUUUGCACCAUCCCAUGUUGAGGGCAUGUGGCCUGGUAUGGUUCAGGAGGGGGGCGCUUGCUCCCCCCCCCUUUCCUGACCUGCAAGGCUGUAUGCUCGGAUAAGGGUCUGGUAUGAAUUUUGGGAGGGACCCCCACGCCAUUUUUUUUUUUAUUUUGGCGUGGGGCUUCCCCUCAAAAUCCAUACCAGACCCGAAGGGUUUGAUAUGGAUGGGAGGGGGGACCUCA